UAGUGAUUCGGUGGCUGGGAAAGAGGUGCUUCAGCAAAUGGUGACAGUCCCUUCAGGUCCUUAUGUUGCUUUAAAGUAAAACAUCGCUAUUACGAAAUUUUAACGUUAGCGGCGAAAGCCGUAUUCCGACCUUAGAAUGUUGCCGCAGUGGAGCGUCUCACGGACAUGGAUCGUUUUUUCUUCUUUGUUUGCGAUUUGUAAUGCUUUCAGUGAUAUGGAAUCGGGGCCUGGAAGUGCUGCAACGCAAACAAAUGGAGAUGGGUUCAAAAUCGAAGGCCGGGCAGUUGUGCCUGGAGUUAAAGCACAGGACUGGAUUUCCACGGCUCGAGUUCUUGUGGAAGGAGAAGAAUACGUUGGCUUUUUCAGGACGGAUGGAAGCUUCGCCGUAAAUGAUGUUCCCUCGGGAGGCUCCUAUGUUGUCGAGAUCGUGUCGCCAGUUUACAGAUUCGAACCAGUUCGCGUGGAUAUAUCAUCCAAGGGGAAAAUGAGGGCACGAUUAGUGAACUACAUUAAGACCUCAGAGGUGGUUAGGCAGCCAUACCCCCUGCAGAUGAGGUCCAACGGGCCUCACUCAUACUUCAUGAAGCGCGAGACAUGGGGCUGGACUGAUUUCCUCAUGAACCCAAUGGUUAUGAUGAUGGUUCUUCCUUUGCUGAUUAUUGUCCUCCUACCAAAAGUUGUCAACACCAACGACCCCGAGAUGAGAAGGGAGAUGGAGCAGUCGAUGAAUAUGCUGAACCCAAAUCAUGAGCUACCAGAUGUCUCAGAGUUCAUGACCAAACUCUUCUCCUCCAAGAGCUCGGGCAAGUCUGGGGGAGGAGGAAAGGGAGGCAAAAGUGGCGCGCUGAAGAGGAGGUAGUAACGCCUCCGUACCUGGGGGGUCUCCACUGGGCAUUACCGUGACAACAGCGGUCAUGUUACCCCUUUUUUAUUGCUAUUGGGUGGGAUCGUAGCGUUAUGCUUGGUCCUUGCAGCAGUUCUUAGGAUAUGAAUGGAAAGAUACCUGGCCUGAAGAAAUCCAGUGUACACUUCAGAAACGGUCUUUGUCACCUUCAAAUGUUUUUGACUGUCUGGUUUGUGGGGGAUGCCUGAUGGAAAUUUGUUUUAAUAUCCAAUCCGAUUUGUCCAAUGCACAUUAGCUAUCAUGCCAUCCAGUUUUUCAGAUGCAAGUACAUUAAGAUUUACUUCCUUGAAGCUUUUGAUCUGUUAAAUAUGAAUUAAUGCUGUUAAUUUUUGUGUUCCAUGGGGUCAUCGUUGCCACUAUGUAUAUAUUUUAUGCUGCUUCUGGAAUUUAUCUGAAUAGUUACACUGCACCUACUUGAAUGAGAGCUAAUAUAACUAGAGAU